AUGCACAAUGAAGAACAAAAGGGCGAUAACAGGGUUUCCCUUCAAGAUCAUCACAAAACUCAUGAUGGAAUCCGUUUUCUAUUCGUGAAGCUUGGCUUAGCCUUCGACUUGAGGAUCCAGAUGUUUAUUGGCACCAACUUAAAUGUUCUUGACAAGUGGUUUAACAUCAUCGACCUCCUCAAGCAGGCCACUAGAGGUAAGUCCAUUUGGUUUUUUAUUCAUCGUUUAGUUCUUGCAGGUGUUGUCUACCAUAUUUGGAUUGAAAGAAACAAUAGGAUCUUCAAGAAUAAGAGAAGACCCUAUGAAACUAUGGUCAAGCCUAUUACUGAUGAAGUCCGCUCAAGAAGCAUGAGCCUCACUCUCAAGGCCUCCCAAAAUACUGAUAAAGCUAAGCUCCUUUGGAGGCUUCCUAUGAUGAACAAAGAUAUUGCUACUCACCACUCGCCUUGA